UUGGCAUUUCAAGUCUAUUGUCAAAACGAUUUCAAAUAAUUUUUUAUUAUCAUUUUUCGAACAUUUUUUCAUUAUAUGAAAUUAAAUUUUUUAUCUUGUGUAAACUAAAUUAAGUGUAUUAAUUAAAAUAUUUUUUUGUUUGGAAAGUUAACAAAAUUCAUGUAUAACAAUGUUUUUACAAAAUUACGCAAAACCCACCACCAACUGGGUAGCACGGGAUAUGCAGCGUCAACGCGAUUUCGUUGAAAAAUAUAUGCGUGCGAUAGAUGUGCCAGAUUGGUAUCGGGGCUUAUCGUCAUUUCAAUAUCGUGCUGCCAGUAAUUUGCUUUAUGCCAUUCGUGAUGAUCUCGAGCAGGACACUUCGCAUCGUGUACGUGAAAUCUUGAAUACGAUCGGUUUACGUCCACCGAUAUCGAAAAAGAAUGUACGAUUCGUUAUGAAAUUGAGUCGUGGCAAUGAUUUAGCCUUUUUGUGGUUUCUAAAAGACUUAUUUUAUACAACGAAAGAACCGGGUUAUAAUACAAAUGAACAAUUGAUUUUAUCAUGUAUAGCUUAUUUGGAUGUAAUGUUUACUAUACGCGGACUAGAUAAUCUAUUACCAGCCCCACAACAACCAAAACACAAACCACCCAAGCGUAAAAUGAGUAGGAUUGUUAUUGAGCGACUAUCUAGACGAAAAACUCAAUACAGUAGAUUAUUGCCACCCUUAAAAAAAACUGAAUCAAUGCAACAGCAGUAUAAGUUGCCAUAUCUUGAGCGUCAACCACGUCCACGUCCAUAUGGCAAAUCGCUCUCGGCACGUCCACCGGAUAAUGUAUUACAAUUGAAAUUUUUGGACAUGUUAAAAGAUCCCAAUUACGUAAUACCAAAUGAGUCGAGUCGUUGGUUUUCCAAUUAUGUACCGAACGAAGGACGUAAAACAGCAAAUAGUCUGGUUAAUGAAAAUUUGAAUGAAAUUUUCAAAGCAAAUUUAUUCAAAAUUCCCAGUCAAGUCUUUGAGGCACAAUUAUUUAAGAAACUUAGAUUAUCGGGUACCGCAUUGAGGAAAAAUAGUCAAAAUGAAUUGGGCAGAAAUAUCUUAUGUGAACAUCAUAAAGUCAUGCAAGAGAUGGAGAAGAGUCUAGAACUCGAGUUGCGUGUGAUAGCCAUGGAGAAGUGUCGAAAGUAUUUCGAUUUGGAUAUUCCAAAGAAAGAGAAACGCAUCGCGCGCCUGCGCAAUCAAAUUGAGAAUGAUGUCAACAUGCAUUUGAUGCGUUUUCGAGAAUUAGCUGACAAAUCUCGUAGUCAAUUGCUUUUAUGGUCCAAGGAUGAUCUACAAGUUUGCAAUGUAAGUAAUGACCUGAGUAGUUUUGGAAAGGAAUCAUGUGAUUUAUGCAUGAGCAAAAAGCCACAAUGUCGUUCCGUGCGUACUCAAAGCACACAAAGCGAGUGCCAUUUUGGAAUAAAACCCAAUAUGUGUAAAACUGCGCCUAAAAGGCAUUUAAGUGCAAAAAGUGAAAACAGAAUUCGUACACAAAAUUUUAGAAGUAUCACUGAACCAGAAAUAAUUGGCGAUUGUUUGAACAACAAUAUGGAUAGUCACAAAACGCAAAAUAAAAAGUCACAACUGACUUCAGGAUGUGGUUGUUGUACGAAAGAUACCAAUUGUGAUAGUAACUACGAUUAUAUGCAAAACUACGAUUAUGGACACUCAGAUACAAGUAGUGAAACUAAAGCAUAUUUUAAUGCACCUCACAAGCAUUCCCCGUUUAAAUUCGAUUAUCAAAAAAUCUUUGAUAUACCUUUCGAACAAGAAGAUGAUAUAAAUAUAAAGAAAACAUGUGUAGCGGCAAUUCGAAGUGAUGAGUGCUUAAGCAAUCACAAUGCCGAAUCUAGAGAAAAUAUAGAUGCAGCAAUUACAAAUUGUACCCUGAAGACAAUGAAAAAUAAUUUCAGUAAAAGCCAUACGAAUGUAGAUUACGACACCGAACCUUUAAUACCAAGUGCAAAGACAAAAACGUAUUAUGAUCCAAAUGAUAAAGUAUUAAUGCAUCAAAUGUUGAAGGAGGGUAUUGAAAGGCUGGCGAAAGAUACUAGAUAUGUCCUUGCAGCACUACCCGAUGCACAUAAAUUACCAGUUUUACGCUAUUGGAUAUAUCAACGCUAUGGCAAAGUCUAUACACAAAAGGAAAUGGCCGAGAUUUUCAAAACAUCGACACUACUCUUUCGUGCGCUCCUUCAAAUGCAGAUACACGAGACAUUGCCAUCACCAAUCGAUCUUGGUCGGGCAGUAUUUAUUGAUUACAGUUGUCACAAUUACCUAAUGAGGAAGUGCGACCGCAUACGAGACUUAUUUUAUAAACGCGUUGAUCAGGCAAUUAUGAAUCAAUCUCGACACCUCUACAUCGCAAUGACACCAUAUGCGUAUGCCGGACGUUCACCAAAUAAAACUGUAUUCGCUUAUUUACCAUCACGCCCCAGUGACAUACAACACUUUCGUGUGUGGAGUCCUCGUGACUGUAGGCCAAGAAGAAGACAGUCUGUAAAGUUACUUAAGUAAUGUUUUGCUUGUAUAGAAUAGAUUGUGAUACAUUUUUUUAACUUCCAUUGCAGUUUAGAUAUCAGAUUACAGUGUACAAGUGCUACAAUUCAUUGUGGCUUUUGCUAUUGGUAAAACUCAGUGCUUCAAUGUUGUUGGAGUAUUUAAACUCUGUAAUUUGGUGACUAAACUAUUUUUAAAAGUUUUGGGUUUUGCAACAAAAUUGUUGCUUUUCAAAUACAUAUUACAUUUUUGCUUGUUUGUGUUGAAGGAUUAUUUAUUGAUUUAUUUCAAAUUUGUAUGUAAUUUCUUCGUGUUUUCAAUUUUUGAUAACAAUUAAUUGCGAAUUCUGGAUAUGUUGAUACAUAAAUUAAAAUUAUUUGUAUUUAUUUAAAUAUAUAUGGAAUUUUUAUUUAGAAUAAUGAUAAGUCACUUACCGAUUAGUAGACGCUUCCGUAGCCGUGUAUUUAGUUUUAUGGGAAGCGUUGAAAUUGAUUUUAACACAAGAUUUUUAUUACUUCACAUUUGCUUACUUAACAAAUUUAAAUUUAAAAAAUCCGGUUAAAUUUUAAUUUUUAAUGGUUUCUUUAAAAAUAUCUGUUAAUAUAGAUUGCUUUUUUUAUAUAAAAGGCUACAA